AUGUAUAAAAACAAGGAGCUCGAGGAGCAGCCACCUCCACGUGAUGAGAUAAUAAAAGCUACUUGGCAGGUGGAGGUGUUGGUGUGGUUAGGGAUCUUCUACCUGUGCAAGGUGGCUCUAGGUGUGGCCUGGGAGGUAGGUACAGGACUCAGGACACAUCUCUGGUCCAAGAUGGUCACUAGGGACCUGCCACGGGAGUACGGCGGCAGAUGGGCAGUUGUGACAGGGGCCACAGAUGGCAUCGGGAAGGCAUAUGCUAUUGAACUGGCCAAGAAGGGUAUGAAUAUUGUACUGAUCUCCCGCACACAGGAGAAGUUGGAGAAAGUUGCCCAGGAGAUCCGUGGCCAGUAUGAAGUUGAAACUGAUAUCGUACGAGCAGAUUUUACUGAUGGUCGACCCAUUUAUGAUAACAUUAGGAAACAUCUUGAAGGAAAAGAGAUUGGAAUUUUAGUGAACAAUGUUGGAGUGGUUGGCUCUGUUCCAUGUCUCUUCAAAGAUGCACCAGAAGACGAUAUCUGGACACUUUUGAAUGUCAACUCUGCAGCUGUACCAGCUAUGAUCAAGUUAGUGUUGCCUGGCAUGAUGGCACGCAGGAAAGGGGCCAUUGUCAACAUCAGCUCAAUGGCAGGGAGUUUUUCUCUUCCGCUUUUUCAAAUUUACUGUGGAACGAAGUCCUUCGUCGAUCGCUUCUCUGAAAUUUUGGAAUUUGAGUGUCGAUCAUCUGGCAUCACUGUACAGACUCUCAUUCCUUUUGGAGUGGUGACAAAUAUAAUGAAGUUUACUCCACCUUUAAUGAAAGAAAGUUGGAUGCUUCCUUUUCCACCGAGGUACGCUUACCAUGCACUCUCAACUCUUGGUUACGCUCAGUGUACCACAGGCUACUGGGCUCAUAGUCUGCAGAUCUGGGCUCUAGGAACGAUACCAUCAUGGCUGCGGAUGCCUCUUCUCUGGAAGAUCAUUACGUUUUCUCAAAAGAAAUACAAAAUAAAUCUCAAAAAUUGAGCUGCAAA